CGGCGUCCUUUGAAACAGCAGCGAUAUCCCUGUAGCUCAAUCACAGACCAACCAGGAGUUUCUGCUUUUAUUUUGUUCAAACUAUCAGAUUGAAAAAGAUGAUUCCACCAGCCGAAUCUCUCCUCAAAUACGACAAUCCAGUUUUGAUCAGCAAAAGCACUGACAGAAAAUCACUAAAGGGGCGCCCUUUAAAAGUGGGUCCACAGCAGGUGAGGGGACAGUCUACCCCUGUUCCACCACCUCCAAAGUCAAAACCCACCUCUACUGACACCACCAAGCAGGAAGAUGAGGAGAUCCUAAACGCCAUCCUUCCACCUAGGGAAUGGACUGACAGAACCCAGACGUGGGUGCAGCAAGUGUCCAGUGCACCUUGUACAAGAACAGAUGUUAUUCACCAGGAGGAGCUGCUGGACACAAAGCUGCAACAAAGGCAGGCCAGACAGACAGGAAUCUGCCCUGUCCGCAGGGAGCUCUAUUCUCAGUGCUUUGAUGAGCUCAUCAGACAGGUGACCAUCAACUGUGCUGAGAGUGGCCUGCUGCUCUUGCGGGUCAGAGACGAGAUUCAAAUGACUAUUGCUGCCUACCAGACUCUGUAUGAAAGCAGUGUGGCCUUCGGUAUGAGGAAAGCCCUUCAGUCAGAGCAGGGAAAGGUUGACAUGGAGAAAAAAAUUACUGAUCUUGACGAUGAGAAACUGGAGCUGAAGAAGCAACUGAACGAACUCAAGUCUCAAUGUGAUGCCAUUGAAAAACGAGAAACUGAAAGGCGACAGAUUGAAGAGAAGAAGCACGUGGAACAGAUCCAGUUGCUCAAGAGAACCAACCUGCAGCUCAAGACCCAACUGGAAGGGAUCAUCACACCAAAGAAGUAACACCACCAUCAAUAACAGAGUGGCCAUUUGACUGCACACAAUGUGACAUUUGUCUUGUUUCUAAAUAUCUAUCAAAGUAAA